GUUGUUUUGUUUUUCCAACUCUUUGUUGCUAAAAGGAAACAAUUCAUAAGUAGCAGUCAAGAGUUUGAAUGUUCUUAUAUUCUUGUCUGGUUCGCAUCCGUCUUUACUAGGCUUGAAAUGACAGUAUUGUUGUGGCCACAGCACUUACUUAUAUUGAAGCCAAGAGUCACCAUCUGCUUGCACACUUGCAUGCGUCUGCACACACUCUACACUCUUCCUAGUUAUUUUCCGCACCCCAAUCACUCUCACCUUUCAGCUGUUCAAUUUCUGCCCAUGUAUAAAAAACACAUUAACUUCUCCAUCACAAAAUCUCUCUACCUUCAUUGAUAUCCUUUUAUUACAAUCGCGACGAAACUUGUUAUGUUUUCUUGCCUCACUUCCACUACCUACCUCCUCUUUUAUCCUUGGUAGUUGGCCAUUAUGUGUGUUGUCUCAGAGUUAAGGACCACCUAUGCAUGUAACUUUUAUUAGUAUUCUUCGGCUUAUCUAAGCCCCAUUAUCCUACCUCAAUUUUAGAAUGACCAACUAGUUAGCUACUCAAAUUUGACAUGGAUUUGCUAUCUUUUCCAAAAUCUUUGCUUUUAAUGGCUUUCUUUUGGGCAAUCACCCUCUUUUUAACUUCUUUUACGAUCCCAUUCGCCUUGGGUUUUGAUUGUUGUGGCGGGAGGAAGCUAUCAGCUUAUGAAGUUCUUGAAGAGUACAACUUUCCAGUUGGUCUUCUACCAGUUGGGGUAAGUGGGUACGAGUUCAAUAGAGAAACUGGUGAGUUCUCUGCAUAUUUGAAUAAAACUUGUCAAUUUCCUGUCGAGUCAUAUACGCUGGAGUACAACUCUCCUAUUACUGGUGUACUAUCAGAAGGAAAGCUCAGCAAUUUGAAGGGUGUCAGAGUUUUUGUUAUUUUGCUGUGGAUUAACAUAGUUGAGGUGAUCCGUGAUGGCGAUGAACUCGAUUUCUCUGUUGGAAUUGCUUCUGCUAACUUCCCAAUUGACAAUUUCGAGGAGUGUCCGCGAUGUGGAUGUGGGUUAGACUGUGUUAAUAAGUUGAAGCAAAAUGGUAUCUUUUCUUAUUAGUAGUUGAUGACUUUGCAAUCGGGUUAGAAAGUUGUUUAAAUUUAUCAGCUCUUGUAAGAAAUUGCAACCAUAUCCUGUGUUAGUUUUCUCCAGCGUAUUGUUUCUAUUGUGUGUUUUCUUGUGGCCUGUGGAUAUAUUACACAUGUCCAUCACCUCUGCAUGAUCUUUUGUUUUCAAGAUGACAAACUAUAAGUUCAACAAGGUGAACAGUAAUUCCAUGA